AGGUAGGAUGGGGCCAUGGACUCAUGUUGCUUACGCCAAAUCCUGACUUUCAUCAGCAACAGGACCUGGGAUUUUGUCGGACCACCAGCGAUCAUACCAUGCUCAAAAGUCGCUUAGGUCACUCGUUUUGCCCAUUCUAACAUUCAAUCGAACAGUAACAGGAUGCCUGUAACCGAAUGCCUCUUUUUACAGUCCUGAUUAUGUGGUUUUAUCUGCGCCGAACUUGGUGCAAAACCACGCCCACGAGUAGCUUAGCAAAAGCCGCGCUGAUUGGACAGUUUGUUCUGACGUGCCUCUUCAGGAAGUAAACGCGACAGUUUCGGGUUAGCAAUAUAGCUGGUAUCAAAUAAGAAACGUGUGUGAAGAGUAACUCCUAGCGACAUCAACAGACUGCCAAGUAUUAUUGAUUUACCUCGCAGACAGUGGACUGAAGAUUGUCGACACUGAUGGAAGUAUUGUCAAGCUAUUAGCUAGCAAGUUUACAUUCGCAAGUAGCUAGCUAGCUAAUCGAGUGUGCUGCUGUGCUGAGACGGACAACCGUCAUCAUCAACGAUAUUGCUAACUAACGUUAACCCCAACUAAGGGCUUUCCCGUUGUCACUUGUGCUACCGUCGCUGCUCCAAUAUGCCUCGUGAGUGCGCUGUUAAAAUGUGCGACAACAAACAAAAGACUUGGUCGGCGCUAAUGUUUCACCGACUUCCAUUGAGUAAUCCGGACCGAUUGAAACUAUGGAUGGUUGCUCUGAACAAAGAUGCUAAUACACCGACCGAUGACCUCAGAAAGUUACUAGUGUGCUCGGAACAUUUUCUACCGGGGGACUAUUAUGAGAAGCUGGGACAGGACAGACACAGCAGGAUGAGAAUCAUGAAAAGUUUCCUGAAGGAUACGGCGGUGCCGUCAGUGGCCAUAAACACCACGCCAGGACAACGUGGAAUAAUGGCGGUUGAGACAGGAGACGUACCUCCAGCUGUAGACGAUCCACCAGGGACUGACUCCCUAUCUGCUGGAGGGGCGUCUGCUCCAACCCCACAGCAUGGAGGGGCAGGUGUUGCUACGGCUACGACGGGGUUCCUCUCCCACCUGGGUCUGCGGCUGACAGAGCCUGCUUCAACCUCUGGAACGUACGUGGCUCUGGUACCCACGUGUACACUUAGUAAGAACAUCCCCUUCACGACUACGACGGGGGGCGCAUGCAGAAGGAAAAAAACAAAGACCAACGUUCCUGUGGCGCGCAGGAAGAAAGGUCAAAUGGACUCAGCCGCUAAGAAGACUUCAGUGAAGGACUGCACCAGUACGACCUCUACUGCUGGUUCCACUGUCUCGCCUUUCACCACCUCCAGCCCCUCCACCUCCAGCCAGGGAUCCAGCUCUGACAGUAAGGUGUCAGGAGAACCGGACGGAGAGCCGGACGGAGAAGGAGGAUGGAGCGAAAGGAAAUGGAUCGUGAACGAGUCGAAACUCAAGGAGCUUUUCCAGACGUGUCACCAGUGCGGCGCUGCCUUGCGUAACAGAACGAUAACCGCUUUGGGUUACAGCCAAAUCAAAGUGACAUGGACUUGUCCCGAUAAGCACAGAGGAGAGUGGCAGUCGUGUUCCGAUGCUUUCGCUAUCGGUCACUACCUGCAGAUGGUUGGUUACAGAGUGUUGCUAGACUCCAUGAAUAGUCAGUUUGUAAGUCAUGAUGACUAAGUAUCUACUACAGAAUGUCAUCUAGUAAAUACCAGGGUCGUAGUACCCUCCUAUUACCAGACUGAUGACAGUCUGUGGAGAAAAACACAAUGGAAACUUACAGGACUUCACUGUGGCUGUACCCGGUUGGGGUACUUCACUGUGGCUGUACCGGGUCGGGGUAUUGCACUGUGGAUGUACCGGGUCGGGGUACUUCACUGUGGAUGUACCGGGUCGGGGUACUUCACUGUGGAUGUACCGGGUCGGGGUACUUCACUGUGGAUGUACCGGGUCGGGGUACUUCACUGUGGAUGUACCGGGUCGGGGUACUUCACUGUGGAUGUACCGGGUCGGGGUACUUCACUGUGGAUGUACCGGGUCGGGGUACUUCACUGUGGAUGUACCGGGUCGGGGUACUUCACUGUGGAUGUACCGGGUCGGGGUACUUCACUGUGGAUGUACCGGGUCGGGGUACUUCACUGUGGAUGUACCGGGUCGGGGUAUUGCACUGUGGAUGUACCGGGUUGGGCUACUUCACUGUGGAUGUACCGGGUCGGGGUACUUCGCUGUGGAUGUACCGGGUUGGGGUACUUCGCUGUGGAUGUACCGGGUCGGGGUACUUCGCUGUGGAUGUACCGGGUUGGGGUACUUCGCUGUGGAUGUACCGGGUCGGGGUACUUCGCUGUGGAUGUACCGGGUUGGGGUACUUCGCUGUGGAUGUACCGGGUCGGGGUACUUCGCUGUGGAUGUACCGGGUUGGGGUACUUCGCUGUGGAUGUACCGGGUUGGGAUACUUCGCUGUGGAUGUACCGGGUUGGGGUACUUCGCUGUGGAUGUACCGGGUCGGGGUACUUCGCUGUGGAUGUACCGGGUCGGGGUACGUCGCUGUGGAUGUACCGGGUCGGGGUACUGCGCUGUGGAUGUACCGGGUCGGGGUACUUCGCUGUGGAUGUACCGGGUCGGGGUACUGCGCUGUGGAUGUACCGGGUCGGGGUACUGCGCUGUGGAUGUACCGGGUCGGGGUACUGCGCUGUGGAUGUACCGGGUCGGGGUACUGCGCUGUGGAUGUACCGGGUCGGGGUACUGCGCUGUGGAUGUACCGGGUCGGGGUACUUCGCUGUGGAUGUACCGGGUCGGGGUACUUCGCUGUGGAUGUACCGGGUCGGGGUACUUCGCUGUGGAUGUACCGGGUCGGGGUACUUCGCUGUGGAUGUACCGGGUCGGGGUACUAGUGGAUUGUCAGAACCUGAGGCGGUGGGUAUGUUCCAAGCUGAUAUAUCUGAAUAAUAUCAGGUCUAACAUAAAAAUGUUACUGUCAUUAAUUAGUGACCAGAGCCCUAUUCCCAAUAUAGUGAACUACUAGUGACCAGGGCCCUAUUCCCUAUAUAGUGAACUACUAGUGACCAGGGCCCUAUUCCCUAU